UAUCGAUCCUUUUGCGGGUUCCCUCCCUUGGGGUCCACUUGCCUUGCGGUAUUCACACGGCAUCCAGCGCGGCGGGCCUACCGCCAAAGCCACGUGGGAUACCACUGUGACCGGGCUGGCCCCCACGGUCUUGCACCAGCUCCGGGUGCAGGUUGCACGCAGCUUUGGGCCUGUGGCCAGGGGCGCCUCGGUCGGACUUCGGCUCGCCUCCUUCGGGCGCCUCUUAAGCACGGAUCCGAUGGCCAUCAACGCGGGGGCUGUGGCGCAGCAGUGGGCUCGCGCUGUCUGGGAGGGCUUGCCGCCGCGCGGAGUCCUCCGAGCGUGCCUGACAGACGCCGCAGCGCGCUUGGGCCACCUCCAGCAUCCGUGGCCGCAGGCCAUCUCCCCCGCGGACGUGGCGCUGCUGACGCUGGGUUGGUGCGGCUGGCGCUUCGAGGACGAGGCCGUGGUGGUCACCGACGCGGGCGCCCGCUUGGACCUGGUGCGCACGGCCCCAAGUCUGGUUGCCCGUCUCGCCCAAGACGCCGCUUGGCGUGCCUCGGAUUGCAUGGCACUGGCGUGCGAGGCCAAGGAGGUGCGUGACGACCACCGCUGGGUGCAGCCGAUCAGCUGGCUGGCCCUGCGGCCGCUGCUGUGGGGAUCGGCACGCAGUUGGACAAAGCGGCAGUAGAAUUCCCUCCGGGCCCUUGUGGGCAACACGCAUUGGUGCCAGGAGCGGCUCCGGCGUCAUGGUCUUGCAGCGUGCGGGCUGUGCAAGCUGUGCCGGGCAAAGGCUGGCACGAUCUUCCACAGGGUCUACGAGUGCGAUGCCCAUGCCAGCCGCAGGCGGACCGCAGCAUCCCCAUUUCUGGUGGCGAGGGCCCUGCGGGCGCAGCGCGAGGGACCCUUGUUUGCUGAGCAACUCGCGCGCGGGACCUUCCCAGACCCCCAGCACCUCUGGAGCGACAUCGGCUGCCAGGAGUUCGAGAUCCGUUGGUGGAAUCGGCCCAGCUCGGGUCGCCUCGGGGGCAUGCUGUUCACUGACGGCUCCGCCUUCGCAGGGCGCCUCCCGGGCAUUAGCCGGGCUGGGUGGGCAGUUGUUCAGUGCAACCGCUGGGGCGUACAUGAGACUGUUGCGUAUGGACCGGUGCCGCUGGCCAUGUACCCCAGGCAGCUCAGCCGCGACGGCGAGGAUUUCGCCAUCUUCGCGCUCCCGCAGGUCGCGCUGGGGCACCUCGACCUCUUCGUUGACUGCACCGGGACCGUGGCCGCUCUCAGGCGCGGGCCAGGGGACUCCUCAGGGGACGAGCGGGCACACCUGUGGGGCCCAUUCUGGGGUUCCUUCGGGCUCGGGGACUUCACUGUCACGAAAGUCGUCGCCCGCGCCACGCAUGCCGACGUCGCUGCGGGGAGGACAACCCACUGGGAGCGCGCCGGCAACGCGGCCGCCGACACGUGGGCCAAGCACGGGGCAGAGUGCCACAGCAUGCCCGCGGAGGCUGAGGAGCUCACGCUAACGCUGUACGACAUCGCCCAGGAGGCCGCGCGCUGGUCGGGGGAGCUCCACGCGGUCCUGGCCGACGAGGGCACCAAGGACUGUGAUGGCUUGGAGGCCCGGCCGCAGGGGCAGCCAGAGGGCGGCGCCGAGGUGGAGCUGGUCGUCGGCGACGGCCCUAGCACCGCGCACGCCGAAGCCAGUGGUGGGCCCGCGGCUGUCGACGGCGGCGGUGUCAGAGGGGCGGCACGCAAAGGAUCCAGAGCAGCUUCGCAUCAGCUCCGGGCUGCCGAGGCCACCGCUCCAGGCCGCCCGCCCCAAACCCUGGUGGCGUGCCUGAGGUGCGGAGCCUAUGGCACGAGAUACGCCCGCAACCUGGCAGGCACGUGCCACGGGGCAACCACAACCACGCUCCAGAGCCAGAGAGCCCGCCUGGCUGACGGCCGGCACCCGGGGCAUCGGCAGUGCCGAACGUGGGUGCUCUCCACGCUGCGGGAGCCAACUUCGGCGGACCUCGCCGCGUGCCUGGGGUCAGACUUCGGCCGCGCACCAGUGGCAGGGCCCACGAACGGACCCCAGAUGGGGAGGGGGGCGCCCAGGCGCAUGCUGACCAGGGUUGAGAUCUUGGCAGCAUACGACUUGAACGAGGAAGACGUGGAGGCGGCCGUCAAUCGCUGCCGCCAGCGGCGGCGCGCCAGAGCCACGGAGGAGGACGAUUCCGACAUCGAGGAGUAGGUGAGGCUACGCGCGGGGGCUAGCCUCUCAGUGGCUCCGGCAGGGCCCCGAGCCGGCCUUUUUCCUGUAGUUUGUUUCCCUUGCGGAUUUCCAUUCCAUUCCAUUCCAUUCCAUUCCAUUCUAUUCCAUUCCAUUCCAUUCCAUUCCAUUCCAUUUCAUUCCUU